AUGGAAAAUGGGAACACUACGCUUAGCCCAGCGCAGCGUGGUCUCCUGAAUUAUGUUAAUAAAUUUGCAUACUCAUACAAUCCCCUCGGGGGUUAUGAGCCGUACUGGCCUGAGGGCGAGCGUGUACUCGAAGACAAAUCUAUGCUUACAAUGGGCCCUGGUGGAUCGACCAAUACACCUAAAUCUACAACGCAACCACCGUACCCAAUGGUGUGCGGACUACCAUGCCCUGAAAACUACCGUCGUAUAAAGCAUGUGUGUACCCAUCACACUAGUAAUAACAAGAUGAGUGGCUGCAUGUACCAUCCGUUGUCAGAUGAUUGGAAGAAUGAACAUUGCUGGAACAUAAAACCAGACACGUUUGAUGAUCCGUUUCAUGAGUUUGAAACGUAUUGUGAGUUUCUAAAGGAAACGUGUAAGGAACACUUUACAUCUCCCAAGUAUAUACUGCUUCACAUCGGUAAGUGUAAAGAUGAGCACUUCUGGUUCAAAGAUCUGUCAGAUAAUUCGCAUGUAUUGAACAGGAUGACUGAGUAUCCAUUAGCAGGCCAAGAAACAAAGCACUUUGACUUGAAUAAAAAGGGUACGCAUCGACGACGAACUACUCAAGACCCUACCUACGCCUGA